UCAUGUUUUGUUGCGUGUUACGUCUCCAUUACUUGUUACUCGUAUUUUUGUCAUUCAAAAUUACUCCCCCAAGUAAGUAAACUGUUGAACUCUUUCAAAAUGUAGAUUUCUAUAUUGAUUUCUCUCGUCGUGUUAUUUUCUCUUCUGGAGCAGAUUAUUAGCAGAUAUUUUGUUUUUUCUUCUUUAAUUUAACACCUCUUUUCCUUGGUUCAUUUGCCAGGAUUGUUAAUGCUUCUUUUAAUCUGUCCUUGUCUAUUCCCACAAGAACUAUGUCAUGUCAACUUCAUUUUUUUUAGGAAAUCCCGGAAAAAGCGGAAAAACUCCCAGAAGCCCAACAAUAAAUUGAAUUCCAACAAAAUAAGUCGCAAGAGAUCGUCAGUACUUCCAGUGAAGCUAGAAAUACCUUUAUCCUGCUCAAAUUGCGACCUCAAGUUCCACACUAACAUAGACUACGCUCUACAUUCCAUAAAACACAGUACCGAUAAUAAGUACUCGUGCCAUUUCUGCGAUUACACCAACAUCUCGAAGUACCGAACAGAGGCCCAUGUACGGGUGCACGAAGGGUCGUGCAAGUACCGAUGUGAUAUUUGCCACAAGCCGUUUAAUAUUAGUACCCACGCGAUUGAGCACAAGUACUAUCACACUGGAGAGAAGCCCUUUCAAUGUGAGAUAUGCGGGAACCAUUUUAUGUUUUCCAGGAUUUUGACUAAGCACAGGAGGUCGGCGCACUAUGAGGUUUUGUUUGGGAAGCCUUUAGCCAAGUACGAUUGCAAGGUAUGCAACAAACAUUACGAAUCACUCCCGGGCCUGCAGCGUCACAUGUACAGCCAGCACAACGAUUCUGGGGAGGAUUGGUCCGUCAUUUGUGACAUUUGUGGUAAAAAAAUCGCUUCAAAGGAAAAACUGAAGUACCAUUUACGAACCCACACAGGAGACAGGCCUUUCGCAUGUGUUUCCUGUCCGAGAAGAUUCCCCAAGAAGGACCAGCUCAAGGAACACGAGAGAGUUCAUACCGGGGAGAAACCCUUUAAUUGUACUUAUUGUGGGAAGAGUUUUGCACAUAGGGCUCCGUUUAGGUACCAUAUCAAAACGCACACCGGAGAGAGACCCUAUAGUUGUCCCAUUUGUGGAAAGGGGUUCAUUUCGAAGGCUGCACUAUCUGGACAUGCCUUAGUUUGUUCAAAAAAGUAGGUUAAAUAGGCGAGGCAAUGAAUCAUAGCAUAUUCGAAUCCGGAAAGUGUCAGGAAAGUUUGUGAACAAAAUUCUUGGUGGUAGUAAAAUGAAAAUUACAAUUUGUGCAUGAGGAAAAUGCAUUUCCAAAGUGCAUAGAAAAUGAAAAAUUUGCAACUCGGAAGUAUCGACAAAAAUAACAUAAAACUCUAGGAAACGAGAUCCACCCUGGGCCCCAGGUAGCUAGAAGACCAUCGAUGUAAUCCCCCUUGCCCCAGCCCUUUUAAAAUCCAUUUGCCUUAUGCACCAGGGCCGGAUUUAAGGGGGGCAGGCUGGGCAGGCUGGGCAGCUGACCGGGGCCCCCACAAAGCCCCAAACUUAAAAAAAUCAGCACAUUAUUCACAUAAAAUAAUUUGUCAAUCAAUUAACUGUAAUAUUUCGUUAUAUGGAAGGUUUCUCUCCUAUUAAAAAUGUAUUUUUGGCAAAUUACGGUCAUAAAGCAGAAGAUAUAUUUAAUGUUUUAAUGACAUUCUUGCAAGAAGAUGAUAUCGAUUUGAAAAGCUGCAGGGGACAGUCCUACGACAAUGCGUCAGUUAUGAGUGGAAAAUACAAUGGUGUUCAGCUAAAAUUUAGAUAACAUAAUAUCUUGACGUUGUAGAUUCCAUGUGUCGCCCACUCUCUAAAUUUAGUUGCUAAAGCUGCAGCUAAGUGUUGUCCUGCUGCCAUAGAAUUAUUUGAUUUCUUGGAAGGACUGUAUGAAUGCUAUGUAUUUUUCACUUCCUCUAUAUAUAGAUACAACUUGUUAAUCGAAUGUUUAAAAACGUCUUUAAACGAGAGCAACGCCGACCGUGGCAGAAAUAUUAUUGUUUUAAAAAAAAGAGUAAAUACUACUAGAUGGUCGUCUAGAAGUGAUGCCGCAAAAGAACUAGUUAAAGGUUAUAAUCAGAUUAAAGGAGUAUUAUCCAAAAUUUCAAAAGACGAUGAGCAACCAUUUGAAACUCGUAGCGAUACAAAUGGUUUGUAUAAUCGAGUGUGUUUACUGAAAACAGGGAUAUUUGCAAUAUUUUGGAAUGAAAUCUUAGAAAGGACAAACAGCACAAGUCGUAUUCUCCAAGAUCCAAAUAUUGACCUUAAUUCAGGAGUGGCGACACUAAAAUCAAUUAAAAAAUUUAUAUUCUUUUAAGGAAUAUUUCAGAGACUGAAAUGACAAAAUCAGAGAAAUUUAGGACUCAAAAUUUUAUAGCUAUUAUAGAUCACUUCAUUUCCUCUUCAAGUCAUAGGCAUUUCCAAAGUGCAUAGAAAAUGAAAAAUUUGCAACUCGGAAAUAUCGACAAAAAUAACAUGAAAUUCUAGGAAACGAGAUCCACCCUGGGCCCCAGGUAGCUAGAAGACCUUCAGGUAAUCCCUUUUGCCCCAGCCCUUUGGAAAUCCAUUUGCCUUAUGCACAUAUGCACAAAAUGCAUGUUUCAUUUUACUACAAUGAAUUUUGUUCGCAAACUUUCCUGACACUUUCCAGAAUCGAAUGCAAAAAAUUGAUUUAGUGCUGCAUUGCCUCGCCAACAGAAGUGUUGGGUUUUAAAUUAUAUCCACUUAAAAAAAAAAGUGUAAACGAAAUUUUUCUAACGCUUAGAAUGUAAAUUCUGUUUCAUUUCCGAGUUAGCUCAUUGAAAGUGUUCGUUCUUUUCACUCUUUUAUUAUUACUAGGUUUUUUCUUAUCAAUAAUAUAUCAUUAAGAAUGCUUUUUUCAUCUAGCCUCAUAAUCAGAAUUAUCUUUACUUAUAUUUGGACCAUCUAUGAUAAAGGCAGAAAUUAAUUUGAUCUUUCUCUUUCUUGGUUUGUUGGUGACUGACUAAAAGUACUUAUGCAAAUGACGACAGAGCAGUCAGCUGCUGUAGAAAGUCUUAUGUAAACUGAUAUUUACCUUCUUCAUUCCAAAAACAUAUAUGACGAUAAAAUGUCUGGAUAAAAAAAAUUGAUAAAACUAAUGUCAGAACCUAUCGCGAGGCGAACUCUGACUCAGAUCACUAUCUUCUCAAGAUAGUGAUCAACAAAUGUAUCAAAGAAAUGAUUACCUAAUAAUAUUAGGUAUGGACCAAGGAACAGAUGACAGAGGAAUGGGCAUUUGGCCUUAUACAGCCCAUAUAUUAGAAAGGGAGAUAAGAGGGAAUGCCAGAAUUACAGGCAAAUUACAUUGCUAAAUGUAGUAUACAAAAUUAUUUCUGGUACUAUCUAUAAUAGAUGGUACACGACAAUUAGACCGAAAUCAUUAGACCGAAAGCAGUAGACCGAACUUAUUAGGCCGAAAAGCACUUUACCGAAAGCUCACUAGACCGAACAGCAUUAGACCGAAAUGGUAAAUAAAUUUAAAAAGUUUGCAGUAAAUUAUGCUAAGAUUUUGUAUAUCUGUCUUUUUGUUUAUUGUAUUUUUUGUAUUAUUUUAUAUAUAGCCUGUGUAAAUUGUUACUAUGUACAGUCUGAUAUAAAAUAAUUUUCAUCCGUUAAACAAAUUAGUGAAGGUAAUAGUCCAGAGAAAUAAGAUUUUUCUCGUGACACAUCCCCCUCCAGCCGAAACCAAAUUUUUUGAGUAGUAUGGACAUCUAUAUUAACAACCUUUAUGUUUCCUG